AUAGACUAUAUCAAAAAUACGUGGUUAUGAGUGGUACGAAACAAUCAAAACUGGUCGAGACGGGAUGGAAGAUUUAUCUCGCUCGGGUAGAUCAUUAAAGUCUACAACUGAUGUUAAUAUCGCAAAAGUGAAAGAACUAUUGACUGAAAAUCUUCAUUCAAGAUUGUAAGAUAUAGCCGCCCAACUUUCAGCGUCUCACGGAUCACCAUUUUAAAUAAUAAUAUUUGGAAUGAAAGAUCUUACCGCUGGGCUAGUCUCAAAAGACCUGAUCUUUUCUCCAAAACUCAAUCGCAUAAGAGUCGCUGAGGAAAUGCUAGAACGAGUCAAUUUCGAACCAACAUUCAUGAAACACAAUGUUACCGGUGACGAGACGUGUGUUUAAGAGUUUGAUACGCAACUAGUCAACAAGCUUUGGAGUGGCGCCUUCCAACUAAUCUGAAACCGAAAAAACCACGCCAAAUCAAACAAAAGUUGGUCGUGUUGAUAGUUUUCAUUGACUAUCACGGUGUUGUGCUUUCGGAAUUCUCUAGGUAACUAAAGAAUAUUAUUUGAGCGUUAUGUGGCGUUUAAGAGAGCAAGUAAAUUUGACGAAAAAGGUUAUAUUUGUAAAAAGGGAAUUCAUAAAUUUUAUACCAUGAAAAUGCGCCUUCGCACAUGGUCAUUAUUGUGAACGAAUAUUGGACGAAAAACUCAAAAAAUACCAACGAACAACCAUCUUAUUCACCAGAUAUGGCUGCAGCCGAAUUAAUUCUUUUUCCUAAAUUCAUAUCAGCACUUCGUGGAACCUGUUUUCAUUCGGUAGAAGACAUAAAGGAGAAUUCGCGGCGACGACUCAACUCAAUUCCGUAAAAAGCAUUUAAAAAUGUUUUGAUGAUUGGAUUAUUCGUAAUAAUAUAUUAUAUUAUUAUAAUCUAUAUAUAUAAAAAUGAAUUGCUGUUCGUUAGUCUCGCUAAAACUCGAGAGCGGCUGGACCGAUUUAGCUAAUUUUGGUCUUGAAUUAAUUGUGGAAGUCCAGAGAAGGUUUAAAAGUUAGAUAUAAUUAUGAAAAUGCUCGGAAUUAAAUAUUUAAGUUUAUUUUCUACAAAAGUUUAGGUCUUUCAUUUAUCGAUUGAGGCACUACGAAGUCUGCCGGGUCACCUAGUAUAUUAUGUAAAUAACGAAGGAGCAUAAGAUGAUAAAAUAAAUUUGUAUCAAUAACUAACAUUUUGUGUAUUAUUGAUCUUUUCACAUACUUGUUUGACUGAGUAGUAUUACAACUACAAGUAACUUUCAACAACUACAAGUAACUUUCAAACUUCUUUCGUCUUAUUUAUUUUCCUUUAACAACACGUUAUUUUACAUUGUUCAAUAAUACUCUAUUUUUAUAAUGAAUUUAUAACUGACCGUAACAACGUACAUAAAAAUAUUACCAUGAAUUUGUUAACAAUAAGUAAACCAAAACUACACUAUCUAUAGAAUGUAAUUAUUUCAUGUAUAAGUAUAUAUUUAAUGCACAUAAAUCAUUUACAUUUUUAUAUUUAAAUAGUCAGUUAUAAAUUACAAAUGAACAAGUGAAUUAAGUAUAUGUGACGUUAUAUUUCUUGAUUUAAACAUUUCGGGUGAUACAAAAGACGACUUACCCUAACCGUGUCACGGGUGUUAACAAAUUUAUAGUCACAACUUAUUACGUAUAUAUAUGUACAUACACGCGAGCGUGCAUCAUACAUCUUUAUUAUUCACUUCAGUUGUUAACAGCUGAGAGAACUCAAAUCAGUCCAUGAUCAGCUUUACAAGUAACAACAACGUACACUUCAUUAUUUAAAAUAAAUAUUUGCUAAAUUGUCAAUUUAUAAUUAAUAAAAUAUAUUUAUCCGAAUCCGUGUGUUGUACAAACCAUAAGCAAAUAGUUGUGUUCGAAUCGGUGUUCGAUGACUAAAAAUAAAGAGAAAUCCAAUCAAAGCGCAUCGAGGGAGUGGCGUGAGAGAUCGGAGCCUCUCCUCGCCGUGCCUGAAGAUGAAAGUGAACAUCCACCACAUGCGUUACCAAGAUUGAGCGUGGUUCUACCUUCCAGCAGUGGAUCGAGCACCGAUAACAUACCAUCGCCACUACCAAGCAAGAGGCCUCUAUCACAUGGCGAUGAAUCAAUGACAGUGGCCUUGUCAGCGUUUUACGCGAAGUUAUUAAUAGUUUUAGGAAUAGCUUUACCUGUAACCAGCACAAUACAAAAUGAGCUCUACACUAACAUCACCUCAGAUAUUUUCACGAUGUACUUAUACGUCAUCAGUAUGCUGUUUUUAGCAUACACUUUUUAUCAUCUUCGUAUGGCGAGACGUUAUAAAGAUGAUAACGUGAAACGCACUCGAUAUGGCAGUUUCUACCUCCACAUUGGCGUAGCGGGAUUUGGUGUUGGUUCCAUCAUCUACUCGUGUCUUCAAUUUGGUGAAUAUUUUGAUCUCUCCGGGGACUGUCAGCUGACCAUCGUGGCCGUCAAACCAGUCUUAAGAAUCCUGUAUCUUGUUGCGCAAACUGUCUUCAUAUUUUCAUAUACUGACGUAUUGGAUCCAAUGCGUGGAGUGGUAAUUGACAGAUUUGGUCUAAUGCAUCUAAUCGCUACUAAUGUAUGCGAAUGGUUAAAUGUUGUAGUGCAAGAUACCAGAGAUGACAUCGUGGAUGUUGCAUACGAUCAGCCAAUCCUUUUUCGCUAUGCCAAUAUUAGUGGUCACAAACAAAUCGACAUAAAUGAUAAACUGGACAAUUUAACAAUUGAAGAAAUAGUAGAUUAUCCUAAGCCGCUGCUAUCGGUGUUCAAUAAUAACCGAACUGACAUAGGGAGCGUUAGUACGAACUUAAGUUUUAAAUAUUUCAACGCAACUAUGAAUAACGAUAUAUGGAUCUGUAAUGUUUCGGAUAUGAUAACACCGCUCAUAAGAAAUGUGAAUCCAUACUUGAGACCUUGCGGUGUGGAGUACAGCCUUUUGUGUUCGGUUAUAAUAGCAGUAAUAUGGAACGACCUAUGCACAGUUCCUGGAUCGAAACCUUCGAAGAAAUCAAAAGCGUUCAAAGAAAUAAAGCAAUGCUGUGCUCGAGUCAAGUCUAACAAUCAUUUCUCAGUAGAUUGUGGAAGUGCUCAUAAAGGCCUAUUCAUGGGUAUUGCUGUUCUUGCCGGCACUAUCGUUAGUCUGAUGCUCUUCAAUGGACUAUUUCAAAAAAAACAACACGUUGAACUAGCGCUCCUACAGAUCAACAUAUGGGAGACGAUUCUAUUCGUUUUGAUGACGAUAGCAUCAGCAGCGUGCAUUCAGCGUAUGAGAGCCCUACCGUUGCGAAAAGCUGUGUCGUCUCUACAAUUAGAACACGCGUUGUUGCUUGUCACGCAAUGUGGCGUAUACCUUUACUAUUUAUUUCAAAUAAUAGGCACUGGCUUCCUAUUAAAACGAUACUCGGAAGGAUCAAGAGCUACCAGGAUAAUAUCUCCACUUUGUGCAGUUAUUCAGAGCUCUUGCCAAACUUUGUUAGUUCUGGACGCGUGGGCUCGAAGAAGUACCAGUAACGGAAGACAGCGACCCGGCAGACAGCUGAUCACUUUCCUUCUCGUGGGAAAUUUUGCUUUAUGGCUCUUAAAUAGAGUUAAAAACGGAAGAGCAGAAUUCCAUCCGCUACAGAUGGAGUUUUACGGUGUUUGGGCUUGGACACUGAUAACUCACGUAUCAGCACCGUUGCUUGUUUGCUACAGAUUUCAAGCCACUGUAUGUCUGUAUGAAGUUUGGAAGAACUCUUACAAAAGAAAAAAUAUCGGCGAAUAUAAUGAUACAAAUGAAUUCGAAUUAAAGAAUCAUGCGCCGUGAAUAAA